CGUACAAACCCCCUUCCGCUUUGUGUGAAUGAAACCACGCCCCCUCGUACGUGUCUUUGCGUACUACGUCAUUGGCAGUCCUUAGUAACACGGAGGCGUCUCGAGGAGGCACAAUCACAACAACAUGGGUUUGCUAUCAAUUUUGCGAAAGCUGAAAAGUGCCCCGGACCAGGAGGUCCGGAUUUUGCUUCUUGGGUUGGACAACGGUGGCAAGACCACUCUGCUCAAACAGCUGGCCUCAGAGGAUAUCAGCCACAUUACACCAACACAGGGUUUCAACAUCAAAAGUGUGCAGUCUCAAGGUUUCAAACUAAACGUGUGGGACAUUGGUGGGCAGCGUAAGAUCAGGCCCUACUGGAGGAACUACUUUGAAAAUACAGAUCUUCUGAUUUAUGUUAUUGACAGUGCAGAUCGUAAACGAUUUGAAGAAACAGGACAGGAGUUGGCUGAGUUAUUAGAUGAGGAGAAACUCAGUGGGGUUCCAGUUCUCAUCUUUGCUAAUAAACAAGACCUCCUCACUGCAGCCCCUGCAUCUGAAAUCGCUGAGGGACUGAACCUGCACACCAUUCGGGACAGAGUGUGGCAGAUCCAGCCCUGUUCAGCCCUCACUGGUGAGGGUGUCCAGGAUGGCAUGAACUGGGUCUGUAAAAGUGUGAACGCAAGAAGGAAGUAGACCUGCAUACUCUCUAUGCAGUCUCUCCAGGAAAAGCAGUGUGUACCUCUGUAUGUAUAAACAUGUCUUGUAUGUACAGCUUUAAAGAUUAAAAGAUUUGGGUUAUUAAGAUAUCUCUCUCUCACACACACACACACACACACACACACACACACAAACACAUUUCUGCUGUGCUUAAAGAAAAUUCACAGAAGGACCUCUUGUCCAUUUUUAUACUUUCAGCUUUCAGGUUCUUCUUUCUUAAAAGCUUUUGUGUCAUUGUAGCUUAACAUUUUGUCAAUCAUACAUUUAUCAAAGUGUUUAUUUAAGUAAAUAAAAAAAGCGAUGUUUUGGGAGUAUUUUAGUAGCCUGAUCAUUGAUAUAAUUUUGAAUUAACAUAUUCUGUCUCCAUAUUUAAGGUCAAAACCAGGUCUUUGGACUGGCACUAAAUUUCCAGAACUUUUCGAAUCUAAUACUGUGAUUUUACACAUCUACUUUUGAAUAGUCCUGUACACAUUCAAAAUUUGAAGACGUCUGUGAUUGAUGCUUUCUGUCUCUGAUGAUCAUUCUAGUCACUCCACCUAGUAAUGCAAUAUUUUUGACUAUAUUAUUUUUUUUCUAAGUAUAUUUUUGUAACAUAUUGAAAUUGUAGAAGGCUUUAAUAUCGCUUUUCAUAGAAUGCCCUUAAAAGGUUGUUGUGCCCAAACCUUCAAACUUCAUGUACAAAAUGGCAGUAUAUGAAAUGUGUUUAACAGUCCAAUGUACAUAAUUUGGAAAUUAUCAAAAUAUUUUCUGCAAACAAUAAUAUAAAACUGAUGUAACCGGUGUAUUUAUAAAUAAUGUCAGUUUGAGCGUCUUCCUGUGGUACCUCUGAAUCUAUUGCUGUUGUAUGUGAAAUAAUGAAAGAUAUACGUAAAAUAAAGUUCUGCGAGAUUAUCUGG